AUGGCGGACUCCACCAAAAUAUCUAAAGUUAUAAUCGUUGGAGCUGGGCCUUCUGGCCUCCUCCUCGGUGUCCUGCUUGCCAAACAAGGAAUCCAGGUCCAACUUUUAGAGCAAGCCACAAUCCUCGACAGCAAUCCCCGCGCCGCCCACCAUGCCCCCAACGCUGUACAAGAAUUCCGGCGCGCAGGAGUUCUCAAUCAGAUAGCGGCCGAAGGAAUCCACCCAUCCGGUGUUUGCUGGCGCGAAAUCGAUGGCAAGAUUCUUGCUGGAAUAAAGCCGGAUCCAGAGACCGAGGGCGAGGAUAAGAUGGUUUGCUUGCCCUUGGAUAAGCUGGGGAAGAUCUUACUGAAGGAGUUUUGCGCGCAAGAGUCGGCAGAGAUGAACUGGGAGCAUAAGGUUGUCGGUGUUGAGCAGGAUGAGAAGGAGGCUAGAGUUACGGUUGAGACGCCUGAGGGAACGAAGACGUUGAGUGCGGAUUAUAUAGUUGGGUGUGAUGGAGCAAACAGUGGGGUUAGGAGAGCAUUGUUUGGGGAUAGUUUCCCCGGGGAGACGCUGCAGCAGCAGAUUAUUGCUACCAAUGUCUAUUACGAUUUCUCGAAGUUCGAUUACUGGGACUCACAGUUCAUAGUACAUCCGGAGAACUGGUACAUGGCCGCGAGAAUCACAGCCGAUGGGAUGUGGCGGGUCACCUACGGCGAUAAAUGGGGUCUCUCGACCGAAGAAUACUUGAAACGGCAACCCCAGCGGUACGAGGAAAUCCUACCUGGCAGUCCAAAGCCUGGGGAUUACAAACUCGUGGGAGCGAGCCCGUAUAAAUUACACCAGAGAUGCGCGGAGAGUAUGCGAGUAGGAAGAUUCCUCCUGGCAGCUGAUGCAGGGCAUUUAUGUAAUCCUUUCGGCGGCAUGGGCCUCACGGGUGGAUUCGCAGAUAUAACAAGCUUAUACGACUGUCUCAUUGCCAUGCACAAUGGACUUACGGAUGACAGCAUCUUAGAUAAGUAUAGUGAGGUACGAAUAAACAAGUGGAAAAAGAUCAUCGAUCCAAGCUCAAGGGCGAAUUUCUUGAGAUUGUGGAAUGAAGAUGCGGUCCCGGAACGGGAGGCAUUUUUCGCGAUGUGUGACAAAAUGGCAACUGAUAAAGCGAUGCAGGAUCAGGGCAAAAAAUUUUACUUCCUUCUAAACGAGGAUUUCACCCCUUAUUUUAAGAAGCCUUUGGCGGCUUAG